CAACGCCCCGAUGACGUCGCUCGGGCGCGACGUUGUUGGCGUUCAGUUGGCGCUCAGAGACAAACAGAGGAAGGAACAGGAGCUGCGGUGGAUCAGAGAUGCCGUCCGGAUCAGACUCCUCAGGAUCUGGACUGAAGUCAGUCAGACGAUCUCCUCGUCUGUCUCCUCAGAGCAGCAACAGCAGCAGCAGUAAAGGAAAGGAGGAGAGGAAAGGAGGAGGUGGUCUGCAGGAGGCGAAGAGGAGAGGGAAGAUGGAGAGGAGCAGAGAGGAGGACGAGGAGCUGAGCGAUAAACUGCAGACGCUGGAUCUGAGCAGCAGGUCAGCGGUCAGUGGAACAGGUCUGGUUUACUCUGAGAUCUUCACUCAUCAUAAGAACCUGUGGGACGACAGUCAUCCAGAAUGUCCCGACAGAGUGAUGUCCAUCAUGGAGGAGCUGAAGAGACAGGAGCUGCUGUCUCACUGCAUCAGAGUGGAGCCCCGAGAGGCCUCAGAGGACGAACUGCUGCUGGCUCACAGGAAGGAUUAUGUGGAAUUGAUGAAGUCGACUCAGAUGAUGACAGAAAGUGAACUUCAGACUCUGUCUGAGAAAUACGACUCUGUUUACCUCCAUCCUGAGUCCUUCCAGGUGAGUGUGUUAGCGGUGGGUUCAGUCUUCCAGCUGGUCGAUCAGGUGAUGACCUCUGACCUCAGGAAUGGAUUCGCUGUCAUCAGACCUCCAGGUCAUCACGCUCAGUCAAAUGAGGCAAACGGUUACUCUGUUUUCAACAACGUGGCGAUCGCAGCUCGAUACGCUCAGACCAGACACUCAAUCAGCAGGGUGUUAAUAGUGGACUGGGAUGUUCAUCACGGUCAGGGCAUCCAGUACCAGUUCCAGGAGGACCCCAGUGUGCUGUACUUCAGUGUCCACAGGUAUGAGCAGGGGUCUUUCUGGCCUCACCUGUCUGAGUCUGACAGUCAGUUCAUCGGCAGUGGACGAGCUGAAGGCAGAAACAUCAACCUGCCCUGGAACAAGGUGACUCAUCACUGUUCACUCCUCUCUGUUCACUCAUCACUGUUCACUCCUCUCUGUUCACUCAUCACUGUUCACUCAUCACUGUUCACUCCUCUCUGUUCACUNGAAGGCAGAAACAUCAACCUGCCCUGGAACAAGGGGGAGAUGUGUGUGAGUCCUCAGUGUUUCCAUGUUCUGACUCACAUGUUGAUGAGUUUGGCUGAAGGUCGACUCGUUCUGGCUCUCGAGGGAGGUUAUAACCUGCAGUCGACAGCAGAGGGCGCUGCAGCCUGUAUCAGAGCUCUGCUGGGAGGAGCCUGUCCUCCUCUGACGCCGCCCACAGCUCCGUCUGACAGCGCCCUGCAGUCGAUCUCUCAGACCGUCUCAGCUCUGUAUCCACACUGGGCCUCUCUGCAGACGCUGGAAGGCGGCCCAUUUGCUGAGGGGCGUGUCAUCAGAGCAACGACCAAUAAGCACAGCACAAAGCUGACUGACCAUGCCCCCUCCGUUACCACGACAACAGGUCUGGUUUAUGAUGAGAGUAUGAUGGAGCACCUGAACAUGUGGGACAGACAUCAUCCUGAACAGCCUCAGAGAAUCUUCAAAAUCUUCUCCAAACAUCAGCAGCUGGGAUUGGUCGACCGUUGCCAACGGAUACCAGCUCGCUUAGCAACGGAGGAGGAGUUGUCCAGGUGUCACAGUGUGCAGCACAUUGAGCAGAUGAAGGCCACAGCAGCGAUGAAGCCCAGAGAUCUGUACAAACUUGGAAACGAGUUUAACUCCAUCUACAUCAACAACCAGAGCUUCCAGUCUGCCCUGCUGGCUGCUGGGAGCUGUUUCACUGCAGUGGAGAGGAUCCUCACAGGACAGGUGAGUAACGGCGUGGCGAUCGUGCGUCCUCCUGGUCAUCACGCAGAGAAAGAUUUUCCGUGUGGUUUCUGUUUCUUCAACACGGCGGCGCUCACUGCUCGCCACGCCCAGAAAAUCUCCCACAAUGCACCACUGCGAGUCCUUAUCCUGGACUGGGAUGUUCACCAUGGCAACGGGACGCAGCACAUGUUUGAGGACGAUGACAGUGUCCUGUACAUCUCCCUCCAUCGCUAUGACAACGGGAUGUUCUUCCCGUCUUCGAUAGAUGCUGCCCCUGACAGAGUGGGCGUGUCCAAGGGGGCAGGGUUUAAUGUGAAUGUGGCGUGGAGUGGCGGGCGGAUGGGCGACUCCGACUACCUGGCAGCCUUUCACAGGGUUGUCAUGCCGAUCGCAACUGAGUUUAAUCCCGGCCUGGUUCUGGUGUCGGCCGGGUUCGAUGCAGCUCGGGGGGAUCCGCUGGGUGGAUAUCAUGUGACCCCGGAGGGAUACGCCCACCUCACACACCUGCUGAUGUCACUGGCGGGGGGGCGGGUCCUACUCAUACUGGAGGGAGGUUAUAACUUGACGUCCAUCUCUGACUCCAUGGCGAUGUGCACCAGCGUGUUGCUAGGAGAUCCCCCUCCCUCCUUGGUGUCGCCCCUCCCCCCUCCACAUCACUGUGCCGUGACAGCGAUCAACGAGGUCAUCCGACACCACGCCCCCUACUGGAGUUCGCUGAGGAUACACAUCCCAGAGUCUGUGCGGACGUCCCUACCCGCCCUGAAGCAUCGUGGGAAACGUAGUUCUAAAGGACAUGGAAGGAAGUCAGAGCAGAGCAGCGCAGACAAACCACCGCUGCCCCCUGCAGGAUCGGAUGAACUAUCAACGGAGGGUGGUCUGGAGCAGCUCACUCAGGGGUUGGCCAGUUUGGACAUCACUGAAACCUCAGCCAAUAACACUCCUGCUACGUCCACCCCCGUGGGCGGGGCCAGACCAAAGGUUCGCCCCAGCUCGGAGAAGGUCACCUGUGAAGGUGAAGUGAAGGCGGAGUCUUGUGACGUGACACCUGAGCAGAGCCAAUCAGCAACAAGUACCCAGCCUCAGGCUGUUGCCGUGGCAGCAUCAGAGUCGGUUGCCUCCGGAGACAAGGCUGCUGAUGGAGCGGGGGCAGAGCCAGAGACAGAGGGAGCGUGUGGUUGGUCGAAGCCUGAGACGUCUCUGGAGUUGAUUUCUGGAGGACAGACGGACACUCUGUUUGUGGUGGACCCUCUGCCCUGGUGUCCUCACCUGGAUGCUGUGAAGCCCCUCCCCCCCUCAGGUAUCGACAUCUUCCAGCCGUGUCAGGACUGCGGCUCUGACGCUGAGAACUGGACCUGUCUCACCUGCUACCAGGUGUUGUGUGGUCGUUACGUUAAUGAGCACAUGGUGAAUCACGGUGUUGUUUCUGAACACCCGCUGGUGCUGAGCUUCAGUGACCUGUCGGUGUGGUGCUACCUGUGUGAGGCCUACAUACACAACCAGAUUCUGUUUGAAGCUAAAAACGCUGCUCACUGCGCCAAGUUUGGAGAAGAGAUCCCUCCAUGGAGCUGAGAGGAGGAAGAGGAGGAGGAGGAGGAGGUGGAGGAUGGUGUAAAAACCUGACACUGUUACUGUCUCUCUCCCUUUGGUGUGAUUGGACUGUUGCGUUGCCAUGGAUACAGCACACCAGCAGUGGUGCUUUGUGGGAAACGUAGCGAUGUCUGCGGAGUCUCACAGCUGCCAAAAAACAAACAAACGAAGUGUUUUUAUUUUUUUAAAUCCAGAUUGGUGCUGAUCAUCUUCAUCAUCUCCAUCAUCAUCAUCAGCAGGCCGUCGGUUCAGUUCCCUGAAAAUGUGACGAAUCACCAGCAGACUCUGGGUGCUUUUAUUCUGAAAAAAUACUGAGCAGAAACAAAGUUUAUCGAACAAAAAGAGCCGAUGGAGGAGUAGUGAUGAUGUCAUCAGGAGGUCACGCCCACAAACAGCUGCUCAAUAACAACAAAAAUCUGCAGUUUUAUUUUCAUUUAUUAACUACAGGAAGUUUAAACUGAGAUCAGCCGGAGGAGAAAAAUAAAAGUUCAGUAAAAUAAAUAAUCAGAACAGGAAGUGAGAAAAUAAACGCUCGUAGAAACAGACGAGUUGUCUGCGUCAUUUGAAAUUGUUUCUGUCUGUAAAUCAUUUAGACGUUUCAGAAGAUGCCUGAAAAACAAGGUGUUUAUUUCGCUCGUUGUAAAAGGCAAAAACACCAAAAAACAACUGGAUGAGGAGACGAGUCAGAGUUUGUGUCCGUGAACGCAUCAUGUCGUUCCGACUGGUUUAAAAACAAAGAAUAAAACAGGAAGUUUGUUUCAGACAGAAAAAACAUGGAUGAAAAGUUUUAAUAACCAGUUUCUGUUGAAGACGAGAUUUUGAAAUGUCCAGAUAAUUUUUACUUUUUAAUUUUCAGUUUUCUUUUGAACAGAAGGACGUCCUCACUUCAGGUGCGUUUGAUUUUUACACCUAAGGAACAUUAUUUUAUUGAAAACAGAGUUGUGUCAGUGUGUAGCUGCAGACUGAGAGUUUAAUUAUCAGGUCUGCGCUUUAAUUUGAAAAGUCUGAACAUUUAGUUUCCUGUCAGCAAAGUUCAACAUAUGAAGACGUUCAAUCUUUAAAGCUGCGGACGGAAAUAUACAAGAGUCAGAAGGUCCUGUGUCUGAGGUGCGUUUGAUUUAAAGACUGAGGGACGGUGAAGGCAGUGUUAAGGUGGAGACAACAGGAGUUUUGUGUGUUGUGCAAUAUUUGUGUUUGUAAAUGUUUUAUUACUAUUAAAAUGUUUGUAUGUAUCUUUGUUUCCUGCUGAUGUCACUCAUUAAUAAUUAAUUUUAAUUUUCCUGUACUUUACUUGAGUAUUUCUAUUUUCUGCUACUUUAUAUUUUUACUCCACGUCUCAGGGGAAAUAAUUUCACUGCACUACAUUUAACAACAAUAACAAUAAGUAAAUACACCCUGUAGUCUGAGUACUUUUACUUUUGGUACUUUCAGUAUACUUUGAUGAUGAUGAUAUUCUGAUACUUUUGUACUUUUAUCAGUAGCACAAAGUAAUAAUUUAAAUGCAGGACUUGUUCUCAAAAGCUUAAUGACAAAGUAAUAGAUUACAUGUAGUGCAGUACAUGUGUAUAAUGUAUUACUUACAGUGGUAAUUUUGGUAACUGAAGAGUAAAAGUACCUC